CCUUAUUGCGCUGCAUAUCUAUUUCUUUGGUUUAUCAUAUAAAUAUAAUAAUUAAAUAUUACCUAAUUAUUAUAAUAUAAUUAUAAUUUGCUUGUGAAAACUUAGGAAUUUGAAUAUAAAAAUAAUUAUAGAUAUUAAUUAUUAUUGGCAUGGGUGGUGAAUCUUUGCCGGGUGCUGUAAUGAAAUAUAUUGUCUUAGUUAACACGCAGGUUAGGGUUUUUGGGACAAAAAGGGUCAGCAUCAUCGAGAUUGGAUUUGAGAUUUUGAUUAUUGAGAAUCAAUCGGUGGGAGUAGGGGCAUGGAGAACGGUCACGAUGGGAAAUUGGCGGGCAAAUUAUCGGGAUUGGCCCUCAACGACAAGGAGCCCUUCAACGACGAUAGCUUGUUUCAGGUCAUGAAAGCCGUUGAGGCCGCCGAAGCCACCAUUAAACAACAGGCGGAAGAGAACAAUCGAUUAAGGUCUGAACUCCAGAAAAAAAUUGAGCAACUCGAAAAAUAUAAAGUGGAUGGUGGUAGUAAUCCGAAUGCUUCAGCUGACAAAGCUGCCAAUACCGAUUUUAAUGGAACUUUCACUGCACCUGCUUCUUCUUCUUCUGACAAUAACAAGGGCCUUCCUAUUUCUUUUCCCUCUUCACCCUUAUCAGCUGUCUCUUUUCCCCCUACCAGGCGUCAACUAGAUGGAGAAUAUGAUUCUACAUUGCCUCAAGGUCUCAUGCCGAUUCCCGAAGAUGUUACCCUAAAGGUACGGGAACAAGAAGAAGAGAUUUUGCAGUUGCGCAAACAGCUUGCUGAAUUUUCUGUCAAGGAAGCACAAAUACGCAAUGAAAAAUAUGUUCUUGAAAAGCGCAUUUCCUAUAUGCGAUUGGCCUUUGAUCAGCAACAACAGGAUCUCGUUGAUGCCGCAUCAAAAGCUCUCUCUUAUAGGCAAGACAUCGUAGAGGAAAAUAUUCGUCUUGCAUAUCAGUUACAGGCUGCCCAGCAAGAAAGAACAACUUUUAUUUCAUCUUUGCUUCCCCUUCUGACAGAAUAUUCCCUGCAGCCACCAGUACCUGAUGCUCAGUCCAUUGUAAGCAAUGUCAAGGUUUUAUUUAAACAUCUGCAAGAGAAGCUUAUUGUUAUUGAGUCAAAGCUUAAGGAGUCACAAUAUCAAUUGGCACCUUGGCGGUCGGAUGUCAAUCAUUCCAAUUUUGCCCCCCAAUCUCCAUUACAUUCCCUUGGUGCCACAUUGCCUACAUCAAGCAAAAAUGGCCUUGAAUUGGUGCCACAUCCAACAUAUUCCCUAGGAAAGACGCAGUUAAUUUCUGAUGCUCAAAAAGACUUUAAAUGGGAUCUACCCAGUCAGCAGCAAGGUGGCUUGGGUGGUGGUGUUGCAUCUAAAAAUUUGGAACCUGAUGAUUUGGGGAGGUAUUCACCUAUAGCAAGCAGGGCUUCCACUCCUAAUGAGAUACCAACACAGCCGGCAGUUAUUCCCAGUGACACCCAUAUUAUGCGAUAUGGUGAAGAUACAAUUAAUAAACAAGUUACAUUUCGUGACCCUGUUAGCAGUAGUGAGAUGGAUUAUCCUGAUGCUGAGGGGCACCAGAAUGAAAGAGAACCUCCCUCCAACUGGGGUUCAGGAAACUCUCCUUAUGCCGCUGCAAAUGAUGACCCCGGUCCAUCGUACCCUCCUUAUCUACCACCGGUUCUUGAGGAGCCUUCGUCUUCUUUUUCUGAGGCUGCAGAGGAUGACCCACUUCCAGCUAUAGAAGGUCUCCAAAUUUCUGGUGAAGCUUAUCCAGGAAGGGAACUCCAGGCAUGCGGAUAUUCUAUUAAUGGAACUACCAGCUGUAAUUUUGAGUGGGUGCGUCAUAUGGAAGAUGGAUCUGUUAAUUAUAUUAAUGGAGCAAAGCAACCAAACUAUCUUGUUACUGCUGAUGAUGUCGAUACAUACCUUGCUAUUGAAGUCCAGCCCCUAGAUAACAGGAAUCGCAAGGGAGAGCUGGUGAAGGUCUUUGCCAAUGAGCACAAGAAGAUCACUUGUGAUCCGGAGAUGCUAGGCUAUAUAGAGAAGACUCUUUAUAGUGGUCAUGCUUCAUAUAAAGUUUCAUAUUCGACAGGAUAUCUAGAUAUAUGGGAGCCAGCUACAUUGGCUAUUAAGAGGGAUGGUUAUACUAUUAAGUGUAGUGGACCCCAUGGUCUUGUAGUCACCGACAAGUUUCAUCCAAACACUGAGGUUAAGAUAACAUUUGGAGAGCCUACAGAGUUUAUGAUUAUUGGAUCAAAUGGUGCUCAGCGUCUGUUACGAUCUGAUAGCAGCUCUCCAGAUAUUAGCUGUUCAAGAGACGCAAUUGUGCUCACCUUGAGAUUAUUUAUCAUACGGCUUGCACAGGCUGGUGGGAGGAAGAAAGGGAAAAAGAGAGGUUUAUUCUUUAACAAGGUACAUGGUUAACUCAGUAUUAACUAUUGAUAUUGUGUAGUGAUAUUAUUUAUUAUUAUUUGAAGACCGGCUAUCUUGGCAAGCUAGCUAGCUCGCUUUUGUGUUCAAAUAUUUUGUUUAAAGGCAGGCAGCUGUGUUGAGUUUGUAAUUACAAA